AUGAAUAUUCAUAGAUUAGAAACACUGAAUAGUGAAAAACUGCUACAAGAGAGUUAUUGCGAGAUUCUUGGAGCAGCUAUUUGUCUUGAUUAUUAUGCUGGAUGGGCUGAUAAAAUCACUGGUGAAACACUUUCAUCAGAAUCAGUCGAUGUUCCUGCUCGAACUGCUCAUAGAGCAGUUUUCACUCAUGCAGGUCAAGUAUGUUUUGCUGCAUCAAGAAUAUUUGUUCAUUCCACACUUCACGAUGCCUUUGUAUCUAAAAGUGUCGAAUUAGCAAAGAAACGUAUUGUUGGUGAUCCAUUUGAUUCUACAACUGAACAAGGACCAUAG